ACAUCAUCCUCUGUGUUAAUUUCCACACUCAGAAAAACCGUUGUUGUUGCUCUGAUCAAGCGAUGUCUGCCACCGAAGAAGUCGUUGCUCCGGCCGUGGAGGCCCCGCCGGCGACUGAAGAACCCAGCAAGUCUGAAGAGAAGCCGGCGAGGGAGAAGAAGCUGAAGGAUCUGAAAGAGAAGAAGCCUAGACAGACCAAAACCAAACCCAAGACCGCUCCUCAUCCUCCUUAUUUUCAGAUGAUCAAGGAGGCACUGUUGGCUCUGAACGAGAAGAGCGGAUCGAGCCCAUACGCCAUAGCCAAGUACAUGGAGGAGAAUCACAAGGCGCUUCCGGUCAAUUUCAAGAAGACUCUGGCUUUGCAGCUGAAAAACUCGGAGGCCAGAGGGAAGCUGGUCAAGGUCAAGGCGUCCUACAAGUUGUCUGAGGCAGGGAAGAAGGACAAGAGCACAGGGAAAAGAACAACUCGAGCAUCUUCCAAGCCCAAGGAGGAGGAGAAUAAGAAGACUAAGUCUACUAGGACCAAGACUAAGACUAAGGCAGCUGCUGCUCCGAAGAAGAAGCAGGUUAAGAAGAACAAGAAAUCGAGCGCUGCAAAGCCGAAGCAGCCCAAGUCGAUCAAGAGCCCGGCUGCUAAGAAAGCCAAGAAAGCUGCUGCUUGAAGCACGUGAGAAGUUUGUGGGAAGUUUGUAUAGAAGUCUAGGGCUAAUAAGUUGAGGAAGGCUAAUGGGUUUUUGUGUUUUAGAACUGUUGCUCUGUUUCUCUUUUGGGAAUGUGAAAUGUUCAGGUUAUGAGUUGUUCUGGGUCUCUGUAAUCUGAUAGCUUUUGGGUUUAUGAUGGAAGGAAACUGACUUUUGCUAAUUGUGCAUUUUGUGGUUGGGUGAUUUAGGUUUAAGUUCAGUCUUUUCCAUAUUUGCUGAAUAUCAUAAGCCUAAUGAAUUCUGAUG